AUGGAUUUAGGGAGUCUGCAGACUGUUGUAGCUAACUCUGCCUACAUCUCGGCCCGAGUCACUUUUGAUGGGCCCUCUAAUGUCCAGAUGACCAGAGAUAAAAAGUACCGAGCCAAACUCAAACUGCCACACAUCACCCAAAGUGAAAGUCUGAAGGAUGAGAUUGACACGGAGUUUGAGAGUAUUUGCAUCAGGCAGCCCAUUGGGAAGCGACUGUUCCAACAGUAUUUGGACACUGUUGCCGACUACAAGCCAGCUUGUGAGCUGUGGAAAAAUAUUGAAGACUAUGAUACAGCAGAAGACGAAGAAAGAGUUCAGAAGGCACAAGGUAUUAUCAGCAAAUACUUGGAAAUGGGGGCAGAACUCUUCUGUAGCUACUUGGAAGAGAAAUGUAUUUUGAGGGUCAAGGAGGACUGUGAAAAUGUGAGGGAAGACCUAUUCAAGGAAUGCAAGGAGCUGACGAUGGAAUUCCUAAAGAGUGCUCCCUUUGAGGCUUACAAACAAAGCAUGUACUUCAUGAGGUUCCUGCAGUGGAAGUGGCUGGAAGCCCAACCCAUCGGAGAGGACUGGUUCCUGGAAUUCCGGGUUUUGGGAAAGGGAGGGUUUGGCGAAGUGUCUGCUUGCCAGAUGAAAGCGACUGGGAAACUAUAUGCUUGCAAAAAGCUGAACAAGAAGAGGCUGAAGAAGAGGAAAGGCAACCAGGGUGCCAUGGUGGAGAAGAGAAUCCUGGCUCGGGUACACUCUCGCUUCAUUGUCUCCUUAGCAUAUGCCUUCCAGACGAAGGCAGAGCUGUGCCUAGUGAUGACCAUCAUGAAUGGAGGGGAUCUUAGAUACCACAUUUACAAUGUGGAUGAGAACAACCCUGGCUUUGAAGAGGAUAGAGCACGAUUCUACACAGCUCAGAUCAUCUGCGGCCUGGAACACCUUCACCAAUCCCGCAUUAUCUACCGUGACCUCAAGCCCGAGAACGUCCUCCUCGAUAACGAUGGCCACGUAAGGAUCUCUGACCUUGGACUUGCUGUGGAGCUGAAACCAGACGAGAACAAAACAAAAGGCUACGCUGGAACUCCAGGUUUUAUGGCCCCAGAACUCCUCGGAGGAGUGGAGUAUGGUUACUCAGUGGACUACUUCACACUGGGAGUCACUCUGUAUGAGAUGAUAGCAGCCAAGGGCCCAUUCCGAUACCGGGGCGAACACGUUGAGAACAAAGAACUGAAGCGACGGGUUCUCAACGACCCGGUCACCUACUCCGAGAAGUUCAGCGAAUCCUGCAAGCUGUUCUGUGAGGCUCUGCUGGAAAAAGAUCCCGAGAAACGUAUUGGGUUCAGGAACGACUGCUGUGAUGAAUUAAAGGCUCAUGCCUUUUUCAAGGAUAUUAACUGGAGAAAGCUUGAAGCUGGUAUACUCCCACCUCCUUUCAUUCCUGACUCCAGAACAGUGUAUGCAAAGGAUAUCCAAGACGUGGGUACCUUCUCUACUGUGAAAGGAGUCACCCUCGAAGAUUCAGACAAGGAGUUUUUUGAUGAGUUUGCAACAGGAAAUAUCUCCAUUCCAUGGCAAGAGGAGAUGAUUGAGACUGGCAUCUUUGUAGAGCUUAAUGUUUGGGGUCCCAAUGGAGGCUUGCCGAACGACCUAAGGGGAGAAUCAUUUCUGGAGAUCCCUCCCUCCAGGUCGGGGAUGUGCACUGUCGCUUGAAGAGGCAAAUUCCUAGGAUUGGGUUUCUGUGCUUUGAGGAGUAGUGUGGCCGAGACAUCUAGAUCAAUUCAGAAGAGGUCCUUUGAAAAUUCAGAUGUACAGUUUAAAGAAACAUCGUGUACCUGACCUACUGUAGCACCGUAGUGAAGUUGUUUGCUUGUUACACUAUAAAACUGUCAAACCCCAGUUCUGGUCCAAGAGAACUGGGAGAUGCUUGGUCUAGCCACUUCGAAGGCUCUGUUCAGCGGAUUUCCACUUUCUCACUCAAAUCCCCACUCUUCUACCAGCUGUUCCAAGACCUUGUCCCCUCCAUCCUUCCAAAUUGGUGACCGAGCGGACCUGAGGUGGAUUGUUUGGUCUGGUCACCAGCUUGAACCUAGGGCAUAUCCCUUGACCCUGGUCCUUUCCAACCUCAUGCCUUUGGCCUCUGCCCUGGCUCCUAGCCCAUCCCACCCCCUGAAGUUAUGGAUUGAUCUGAUUGGGGUAUUUCAGAUGGUGAAAGGGCUUGAUCUGAAGGAAAAUGAGAGGAAUUGUUAGUCAUAGACUGUCUGGAAUAAGGUGACACAAUGGCAGGUUAGUUCUGGAGGUACUUCACGUAAAGAGAAAUAACCAAAACAGCUUCACUACGAUGGCCAAGAUUUGUUGGUCUCUCUUGUCCUCUUGUCACUCACCUUCAGGGCAGAGAAAAAGGUGUAAAAGACUGUGUGUGUAUGUGUGAGAGAGAGAGAGAAGGAGUGAAAGAGAGAUUGAGAAAGACAUAGAAAAUGUGAAGGAGAACCAGCACGUAUGAGACAAAUCAAAAGCAAAAGCAGCAGGCGAUAGAGGCAGAAAAUGUGUCAGAGUGAACACGUGGUAUCAGGCAAUUAGGCCCUUGAUACAAGUCUGCACGAUCAACCACUAUUUCCAUAAAUCCCACUUUAAUCCCCCAUUUUAUUCUUGCCAUAAUCUCAUCAACUCCCCAGAUUCUAUCUUUCAUUGCACGAUGGGGGCAAAUUACAGUGGCCAAUCAACCCUCUAACCUGCAUCUCUUUGAGACGUGGGAGGAAACGGGAGUUUUCGGGGAAACCCCUACUCUCACAAGAAGAACAUGCAAACUCCACGCACACAGCACUCAAGGUGGGAAUCGGAUCCAGAUCUCUGAAACCGUGAGGAAACGGUCCUACCAGCUGUGUCACUGUGUUUCCUUCAAAAAGCAGAAAGUGCGUGAGGCAAAGGGAGAGUGUGAGAGAUGUUUUCCUUGUGUAAAAGAGAGGGUUAGUGAGGGGCAGACAGAUAGAGAUUGAAGAAUUGAGUGACAGAGUGAGGAGACACAGAUAAAGAGGACAGAAGGUGAAACGAAAAUACUUGCAUCAGUUUGGCGUCUUUCACAAGCAAAGUUCAAAGUACGUUUAUUAUCAAAGUGUGAGAUUCCUCUUCCCACAGAUAGCCAUGAAACGAAGGGAUGCCAUGGAACCCAUUCAAAGAAAACAUCAAACCCCCAACAUGCAAAAAAGGACCAAUUGCACAAAAGGCAAAAAAAAAGAUUAAAUAACUCACAGAAUAAUAAACAUCAAACUGCCAAGUCCUUGAAACAGUCGAGGAACAUUCAGUUCAGUUCAGUUCAGUUUAGCGCUGCGUUGUUCAUUGAGUGCAGCCAGACUAUCCCCAUCAAAAUCGCACAAAAUAGCAAUAAAAAUGGAGUAACCAGAAACCAGAAACACAUAUAACAUGAGCUGCGGAGUCCUCUAAGAACAAGUCCAGUCCACAGACUGCGCCAGUCAAACCCAAGACUCCUGUCCUUCCUCUGCAUCAGCGAGUGAGAGGGAGAGAGAUCCAUCAAACGCAAGCAGAUGACACUGAACAACUGCUCACCUUCCGCUGUCGUCCUCAUUGAUCUCAAUCUUGCUCAACACUUUAAUCAGUGAGUUGGGCGAGAAUUGGAGCCAAUCAUGGGCUUGCUCUCUGCCAUUAGGCUGCACUCUCUGUUCCCAAUCACACCGACUUUCCCCAGAGACAGCAAAAGCAUCAGAUCGCUAAAACACUUUAUUAAAAUGUAAAUUACUUGCUCCAAUCACACACAGAUUAGGAGUAGACGUAUAUUUAAAGAAGAAAGAGAAGAAGAAUUUGUGAUUUGUGAUUUGUCCGUGGCAUUCGCCGUUAGUUGCUGGCGCCAUCUUGCUGAUCAUACCCACUGGACAUACCCAAAAUAUACUCAGCUAACGCUUUACUCUGAAAGUAUAGACACCUUUGUAAUAUUGGAAGUGUGGCAGCAAACUUUAGUACAAUAAACUGCCACAAAAGGAAACAUGGUUAUAACCUGAACAUCUGUUUCCAGUGAAUGUAAAUCAGAUACAUAUUGGCAAAUUGUUGUGUAUUUAAUAUAUCAGUAAUAUUGUAAAUAUAUUCUUUGAUUUUGAUCUUUCAAUAAUUCCUUUUGGUUAUAUGUACGAAAUACAUGAAUUGCAUAAGUCAUCAUGACACCUACCACAUCAUACGUGCGCGUCUCGCUUAAAGUA